ACACUUUUCAUGACCUACGUCCUGCCUCUGUCUGCCCUCUGCAUCUCUUACCUCUGCAUCUCUGUCAAGCUCCGUAACUGUGUGGUGCCUGGCCACCGCACCCAGAGCCAGGCCGAGGCCCAGCGCACCCGCAAGCGCAAGACCUUCCGUCUGAUCACCCUGGUGGUGGCGGCUUUCGGCGUGUGCUGGAUGCCCAUCAGUGUGUUCAACGUGCUGCGGGACAUUGACAUUGACCUGAUCGACAAGCGCUACUUCCUGCUCAUCCAGCUGCUGUGCCACUUGUGUGCCAUGAGCUCGUCCUGCUGUAACCCUUUCCUGUAUGCCUGGCUGCAUAACCGCUUUCGUGCCGAGCUGCGCAAGAUGUUCACCUGCCACCGCCGCAUCGGCAUCCCUGCUAACCACUGUGCCACAAACAGCGUGAACCCCUUCAUCCCACCCUCCCACCCACCCGCACAGGAUUUGUUCAGAGAAUGGUCUUGA